CUACUUAUUAAAUUAUUUAUCGUACUUAAAACAAUAUUUGAAUAUUACGAUUUAUGAUGCUCUUAGCUAGCACAAAUUGGUCAUCGCCAUAUAAAUUUAUAUAUAUUUUUAAAAUGAUCUGAAUGUUACAGUCUUCAUUUGUUGCACUUGUAUAAAAAAAUUACGAUUUGAAACUCAACAUUUGUCCAAACACAACAAAAAAUGGAACCAUUGAUGCCAUCCGAAGUCGCUCGUUUAGUGUACGGUUAUCUAAAAAAAGAAAAAAAUGAGGAGGCUGCAGAAUGCUUUUUAAAAACAUCUCCUCAUUUGACUGAAUGUUUUCAGAUGUUUAAAGCUAAAAGAAACUUUAAUAUUAAAGUGAAUGGUUUUAAUUUACAUGACAUAUUUGAAAAUUUUGGAACCAUGUGUGCUAUGAUAGAAGAACGAAUACCUGAAAAAUGUGAAUCCAAAACAUUACUUGAAAAAUUACAAUAUUUGUUAGAUACACACCAUAUAUUGAUGAAAAAAGAUAAAUUUGUUGAGACAAAACUAAAUAUGGUUGACAAAUGUGUUGGUAAUACAGUCAAUACUAAAGAUCAGAGUACACAUACAACAAAAAAUAUAGAAGCAAAUGAAAGUAUAUCAGAAGAGUUAGAAAUUCCAUCAUUCACUGAGGUAAUUACUAAUAAUGUUUCUAAGACAAAAGAAAUUGACCCAAUUAAUAAUGAGACCACAAUAACUGAUGAGAAAAACUCGGUUACAUUUUCUUCGCCUUGUUUAUCUUCAAUGACACAACCAUUAGAAAAUAAUACAAGUACUAUGCCAUUUUCUAAAUUUGAUGAAGACAAAGAAUCAAAAAUAUUUCAAAUAAAUAAACAAAUUUGUAGUACUCCAGCGAAGAAAAUUGAAGAAACAAAAUUAAAUAUUGAGUCAAUGCCACAAUUUAGUCCAAAAAACAUUCAUAAUUUAAUUUCUAGUGAUCAUGCUGAAUUUCAGCAAAUACCAGAAGCAACUUCACUUGACUCUAUGCCGGGGUUGUCAAAAGAAGAUAGGAUAAGGGAUAGUUCAGUUAUUAUUGAUACUGGUGAAUUAGUAGAUACAUUUUUGAAUGACCAAAGUUUAUUGGAAAAAAUUGCUGAUACUAUAAAUAAAUCUUUUGAGGCUCAAAAAGAAACUGACAAUGUAUUAGAAACUAAAGUUUUAGAUUCUCCUACACUUGAAAAAGCAUUAGACUCAACUCAGUCUGAUCCACAGAUUAAAAACAUACUGGAUGAGUUUUUAGUUUUUAAUGUUGAUAAUGCUGAUAUUGUUAAAAAAUCAUGUAAUGAUGAUCAACUAGAUUCAAUAAAAUCUCGUUUACGUAGUGCCAGAAAAAAAGAUGAUGUUCCAAACAAAUUAAAAAAGAAUAAUUUUAAUAUUCCAAAGCAAAUUGUUUAUGGUAAUGAAGAAUGUAUAAAAGUUGACAAUAAUAUUGUACUGAUACAUGAAGGUAAUAUCAGAACAACAGUUUUUGAGAAUUAUGAUUUAUUAUCAAAUCAAUUGGUUUUACAACCAAGUGACUCAUAUAACUUUGACUCCUCUAAAAUAGAACCAGGAGAAGAUUAUUUAGCUAAAGCUGACUAUGUAAAAAUUGCUCCAAAAAUAACUCCCAUGUUAAAGACUCACCAAGCUCCUGAAAAACAUAUAUUUCCAAAACGAAGAAGACAGUCGUUAGAAGUUCCUGGCAUAAGGAGUAAAUUUAGGAGAACAAAUAUAACUAGACAACUACCUGUUCAGACUCCUAAAUCAAUUAUUAUUGAAGUUCCUAAUCAAAAUUCAUUUGAAACUCAAGAAAAAAAUCAUAAUGAGAUAAAUGAUAUUGUCAAAUUACAUGAAGUUUCAUCUGAAGUCAAUGAUGUAAUUGUUCAUGAUACACCAGAUGAUAGACUAAAACCUCCAAAAAAUAAAAGUAUGAGUACACCUCGUAGAAGAAGCACUCAUAUAAGAUGUUUAGAUUUUAGUACUCCUCAGCCUAAGAAUAUGACUCAAACUCAAGCUCGUUCAAAACUUUUCUGUAAUACCCCAAAAAGACUUGAAAAAUGUUUGGAAGAACCUUCAUCUAGUCCUUUACCAAAACUUCAAGCUGAUUGGGGUUCAGUUAAUGGAUUUGAAUCAAUGAUUAAAAAAGAUAAUAUUAAACACUGGGAUUCAGAUAUUAGAGAAAUGGUAGGGGCUGGAAUUUUAACAUCAGAUGCUGAUGGAAGAAAAACGAGAAAAAAGAAAACACCACGAAAAAAAAUUAAACCAGCCAAUGCACAAAAUAAUUCUGUUGUUUUGCUUGAUGAACAAAAGAAAUCAAAUAAUAUUUCAACCGUGGAAAAUGGAUUACAUACCAGUGUAUCAAAUAUUUCUGAAACCUUGUAUGAUGAUGGCUUAAAUGUGCAAGACUCUAAUAAGCCAUUACUAGAUAUUCAAAAGUCAUUAAAGGAACAGAUAGAAUUUCCUAUUUCAUUGGAAACUUCAAAAAUUGAUAAAGAAGAUUGUAAACAAACUUCAAUUAAAUCUGAUACUUUAAAUAACUUGGACAAUAAAAAAUCGUUGAAAAAACAGAACGAAUUUCCUAUUUCAUUAGAAACCCCAGACAAAAUAACAGAAUUAUAUAAUCAGCAACCACAAACUAUAUCUGAUUCUUCAAAAAGCAUCAAUGAUAAAAAUUGCACCGAAAAACAAAAUGAAUUUUCAAUCUCCUUAGAAACUCCAGAUAAAACUACAGAAUUGUAUACUGAACAACCAUUAGUUAAAUCUGAUUCUUUAAAAAAUGAUAAUAAUGAAAAAUCACUGAAGAAAGAAAAUCAAUUUACGAUUUCUUUAGAAACUCCAGAUAAAAUAACUGAAUUUAAUAAUAAACCACUGUGUAUCAAAUCUGAUUCUUUAAAAAGCCAGAGUGCUACUCAAAUUAACUUGGAACAGUCUCAUGCUAGUGAACAGAAAAAUAAUCAAAAUCAAUUAUCCAACUCUUCUAUUUUAAAUACCACACCAGAAAUGUUAAAUCAGGAAAAAGAUUCAAAUUUUUUAAAAACAAUUAAUAAUCAUAAUUAUUCAUUAUCUGAAAAGAAGUCAAAUGAACCAAUUAAACAUUUAAGUGUACAAGGUUUAUUUGAUCAAACUGAUACAAAAAAUUCAAAUGAAUUAAAUAGUCCAGUAAAAUGUAUUAACAUUGAACCAGUUAAACCCAAUCUAGUUGAAACCCCAUAUAAAUGUGAUGAUGCUGCUGUCGAUGUACCUGAAACUCCUAUUUCAAAAAUGAUACGUGAAUAUGAUCCAAGUAAGAUGGUCACACCAUUGCCGUGUACACCAGAACAUUAUGAUGAUUCAUUGACAGAAACCCCUUUGACAAAAAUAUUCAGAGAAACAUCAUAUUUAAAUAGACCCCCAAUUUCACCAUUUCCUCCUACUCCAGGAAAUUCAAUGUCCGUUGAUACUUUAAUAGUUCCACCAGAACAAGAUAAUGUUAAACCCACAAAUAAUAUAAAUUGUAAAAUGAACAGUUUGAAGGCUACACAACCUAUUCAGACAACUACUAAUAGUGAAUUAUCUACCAAGACAAAGAAAGAUAAAGUUGAAUGUACACCCUUAAAAUCUAAAUUAAAAAUUUCGAAUAAACCCAAGAUAAAAAAAGGAUUAAAAAUAAAAAAUAUUGAAGCAACAAAAAAGCAAGUGUAUGAGUCUGUUAAAGUUGAACUAUUUGGAAGUGAAAUUUCAACAAGUCCAGAUACUCGUGGAUUAUUAAAGACUAAUGAACAGCAAAAGACAAUAGUUAUUAAUAAAAAACCACAAGCAGAAGAGAAAAAAUCUGGUUUUAAACCUAUACCCAAAAGAAAAUCAAUUGAAUCUUCAUCAGUUGUAAAUGAUAAUGGUAAUGAAAAUCAUUUAACAAACAAAUUAAACAUGCAAUCUAUUAAGACUUCAUUUAUUAAGCCAAUAAUAGAACAAUGUGAGAAUAAUAAUGAUAACAUACAAGAAAAAGUAAAAAAAACAAUUUCAAAAAAAAUUAAAAAGUCCAUGGUACAUUUUGAUGACCCAGUUGAAAAAUUCUUUAGAUUAUCUAAAAGUCCAACAUUGGAUAAAUCCAAUAACAAAAAUACUGAUAAAAUACCAACCAAAACCAUGAUGAAUGACAACUCGGAACAGUUAAUUGGGUUAAGUAGGUAUUUGAAUAAAACUUCUCCGACAGUUUAUGACUGUAGUCCAAAAGAGAAAAAAAUCAAACCAAUAGAACCUAUGGUUAAGACUCCUAAACUAAAUAAUAGUGAUUCUAAUAUUAAUUAUUCAGAAAUGUAUAACAUAGAUAAAUCCAGUAAGAAUAUAUCAACAAGUUAUUUUAGUAAUGAAAAAAAUACAGUUUAUAAUAAAUCCACCAUACCAUUGGAAUUGGUUCAAACCACGCCUAUGGAUAAUAACAUUUCUAAUCCAAAUUGUAUUUCUGAAAAUAAAAUUAAUACCAGUCUUAACAAAUCUGAAUCAUCUAUCGUUAACUACAAUAGUAGUACUAAUAAUACUUCCUGUGUUACUAUUACACAUGAUGAUAAAUUAGAUAUUCAGAUAAAUAAGGUCUGUGAUCCACUAAACAAUAUGGAAUAUUUAAAAAAGCCAAAAGUAUAUGAAGUCAUUACUGAAGAUGGUGAACAUGAGAUGGUGUAUUUAAAUGUAUCAGAAACAUUCACUUUUCUUGAUAUACCUUCAGAAUUAAAUAAUGUACAACCAUCUGAUCCAAUUGCAUCACCAUUGAUAACGACAAACAAAAUGUUGGACAUAACUCCGAAAAUGCAAAGUGGUGAAUUGGAGAAUGAUGAAGAUUUACUCAUGCCAGUGACUAGCACUCCUAAAGACGAUGUUGAGAUAAAAAAUGAAAAAGACGACAGAACUAGAAGAAGCCCUAGUUUUUGGGAUGAUUCCGUUCACAAUUACCCAAUAAAACACAGAGAUGACAGACAUAGAGAUUCAAAUCGUUGGCAAAACAAAACACAUCAUAAAUAUGAUAAAAAACAUAGGCCAAACAAAUUUAGAUACUACGAUGAGCGAUCACAAUUUGAUAGUCGGAACCAUUUUCAAAGAAGUCAUCAUCAAAACGUGAAAAGAGAGUUUAGGGAAGAUUCAGUAAAAGAUAAAUAUAGAUUUAAGCAUAAAGAUGAAAAAAGACGAAGCUAUCAUGAUUAUAGUAAAGGAAGAAAUUGGCCUGAAGAAAAUGAAAGAUUUUCAAUUUCACAAAGAAUGUCACAAAAUGAUUUACAAAAGUUAACUAGAUCAGAAGAUAUUGUUAAAAAGGCUACUAAAAGACCGGCAGAUCGAACUGUAUAUAAUAAGACUCCAGCUAAAGUUUCCAAAGUUGAACAUCAACGGUUGCUGAAGAAUGUAGAUGUUGAUGAUUUUUUGUCUGUUGUACAUGGUCAAAAAUAAAAAUACUUAAGCAGAUACUGUAAUUAUUGGUAAUAUUAAAUUAAUGUUAUAUUUUUAUAUCUGACCUAUAAAAAAAA